AUGGCUUUGAUGGCCCCUUCUGGGUCUCGCACUGCGUGCAAAUCCAACCCUUGUCGAUCCAGUGCGGCCAUUUUGGCUGUCGUUGUCGUCCAACUUCAUCGUCGACUUGUAGCUGACAACGUCGCUUGCAAGGCCCUACCUAGCGGUUCUCACAUCUCGAUUCCGGCAAGGGAAGCCACAGAACCAGGAGGCAGAUCCUACUAUGCUGUCACGGCCCAAGGGUUGACGGACCCAGGCAAUAGCAACCGGUUCGUAGUGUUGCUGCGAUACUUCGUAAACGACUUUGUGGUCCUGGAGAAACACCAACUUCACAUUGGCGAGCUCCAGGCUCCACCCUCUCGGCCCCUCCUCAACGAGACGCGAGCCACAACCAGGACUCCUGCUGGGCUCAUUGCCCCGCACUUGGCCGUUUCCUCCACACAUGGGAACGUCGUCAUAGGACCUUUCGGACAAGUCUCUUUGGCGGGGUUGGGCCCUAGAGGGGACAAGGCAAUAUCCAAGGAGGAGUGGGAGGAUCCAGCAGCACAGGAACCCGGAGCCACAACAAAUGAAGAGUCUCCGUGGACUCUGGAGAGAGAGAAAGUUCCAAAAGUCCAUAUCUGGGUUUCCCUGAGACUCUUUGCCUAUCCCAUGGACGGUGAGAUGCGCAAAAUCCCUCUGCUUUCCCCUUUUCUCUCACCCCUUCUCUGCUGUUGGCCGCCCGCAGCAGGGCACGCGCCAAGGCAAGCCGCAAGCCACGGAAGCUCUGACCAUUGA